CUACUCGAACACGACGGUGCCCCAUUUGUGGUGGUCGGCGUCCUCCCACUUGCGGACCACCGCAUCAAAACACUGAACCAAGGAAUCGAUCGACACAUGCAGGCACGUGCAGGGUGGGGUGCCCUUGCUGUGUUAUUUACCGUCCUGCAUUCGGAUCUCUUGAUGCUCCGCAGUAUGUCCGCCAUGACCCUCCCACACCGCCGCAGCUCACCCUUCGACACACCACUCACGUCAGACAACGGGGCAGGCUGCACGGCAGAUGACACACCAAGAGACAUGUAAUGGGGGCUGUCCGUCACUUGUAUAUAGCUAUACGUUCCUACCGACCCAGCUGUCUUUGUCGUGUAGCCAUAUCUUGCGCGUCAUAUACACCGCAGCGGCCGCGAUGAUGUUGGACGGCAGGUGGAGCACACUCACAUCGAACAAAACCAACUCCUGCACACGCACACACACACACACACAUUUCUGCAUGGGGGGUGUGCCUGUCGGUGUGUGUGUGCAUUGAGUGAUCCAUCGGCUGACGCAUAGGUAUUUGGCGAAUGCGUGGUAUCGCGAGCCGAGUGGCAUGUCGGGCAGCGACCCGCACAACUGAUGCAGAAACACGGUGGGGGGCCUCCACACGUCCGUCGAUACGCCAUCGGACCAAAGACUGACACACCACACUCACACACACACAGAGAUACACACAAAGAGAUGAGAUGCAUUUAAUUGGUGUGGCUGGUGGAGUGGGUGUGUGGGCUGUUUGCUGACCUCAUGAGCACGCCGUUUUGCAUGCGGCAUAUGUCUUCGGCCUGGCAGUUGCUGAUACUUACGAUGUCGCUCACCUCCAGCUGGUCAGGGUAGGUAUCCUCAAUUUGCGAGGCGACCAACAAACACGCCAAACCGGUCUGCACACACACAAGACACAUAACACACACAAAGGGGCAACACAACCCACCGAUGGAUGUGUGCAUCUCUGUCUGUCGCUUGUGUGAGUGUGGGCCCUAUAAGGCAGCGUACGAUCGUGUAGUACUCGGGCAGGAUGUCCAUGCCGUCACACCACAGCUUACACAACAUGUAGUCGAGCAGCCGCACAGAGAGGUACAACGUCUCAUCCGCCAACUGACAUCACAAUCGCACAGACAGGGGAAGCAUUACACAGAUCUUCUGUGUGAGUGAAUUGUGUCCCGUCCAUCCAUCCAUCCAUCGGUCCGUUUGAAAUCAUCCAUGGCGUCACUCACUUGCCCCAUCGUGGCCGCAUAGAUGAUUUCGUCCACAACCGAGGCCCGACGGAGGCCGAACCCCCCAGACCGCUGGGCAACAUACUCAGCCGGGAUGAGCGACAACACCUGCAAGCGGGAGAGAAACAUAGAACAAGAGAGCUGGCCCGGCCGGCCUCCAUCUCAGGCACCUUAUGGUCAGAACUCGGCAGAUCCACGACCCUGCUCAUGAUGCAAUUGCCGCCGUGGCGGUGUGCAAGAGAGGGGAAAACAAAUG